GGCAGUAGCAUCUGGCGCUGGCAUGGUCAACACAGAUGGGGAAUACUGUUUGCUGUGAGAAAACCCUGAAUGCGCUAUGGCUCAGGAAAGGGAAAGAGGAGCUGUACGACCCCAAGAAGGCCUUCACGUCCCUGUAUGAAUACAUGCCCCGCACUGUUAAAGACCUGAAGCUGCAGCGGGGCGAUUUGCUGGAGGUUCUGGAGGAGACAGAGCACUGGCUUUAUGUGAGGAAGCAGACAGUGGGCAGAGACCGAACUAAAGGAAUCACUGAGGAAAGAGGAUAUGUACCUAGGCAGUUUGUCAAGCCGGCGUGCAGCCUGGAAGCUCAGCCAUGGUACUUUGAUAGCAUUUCCAAGCGUAUGGAAGCCAAAAGAUGUCUGCUCAGAUCAGAGAAUGGUGAUGGGGCAUUCCUUGUGUGGAAGAGUGAAGUGAACCAGCACCACUAUCUGUCCAUCAGGCAUGGAGAGUUUGCGAGACAUUAUAAAAUUCUGGAAGCUGAUGGAUUGUUCUACCUCGUAUUACGCAAGAAGUUCCAGACUCUCACAGAGUUGGUGGAGUCAUAUGCCAAGGAUGCAGACGGUCUUUGUGUGAAACUGGAGAAACCGUGUGUUAAGCUGGAACAGCCAUCUCUGCCCACACUGAGCUAUGAGGACCCGUGGGAAGUGGAGAGGAGCUCUUUGCAGAAGGUGGAGAAGCUGGGCAGUGGAGAGUUUGGAGAGGUGUGGCGGGGGUUAUGGAAUGGCACCACAGAGGUGGCCAUUAAGGAAUUCAAGGUGAUGAAUUCAGACAUUCUGAAUGAGAUUGAGAUUAUGAAGAAACUGAAUCAUAAGCGCUUGCUGAAGCUUUGUGCUGUGUGCACCAAUAACGAGCCAUUCUGCAUCGUCACUGAACUCAUGAAGAACGGCAGCCUGAAAAGAUUCCUCAGAAACCAUAAACAGGCGAAGGAUAUUGAGUUCUCCCUCCUAAUGGACUUUGCCAUUCAGAUCACAGAGGGAAUGGCAUAUCUGGAAACUAAAGGUAUUGUCCACAGAGACCUAAGGGCGGAUAACAUUCUCCUCACAGAUAUGCAGUCCUGUAAGAUAGCCGACUUUGGCCUAGCACAGAACACCUUUUCAGAAGAACAGAAAUCUGACAUGGGGGAGAAGAUUCCGGUAAAAUGGAUGGCUCCGGAAAUCUUCAAAGGAGAGAAGUACACCACGAAGUGUGACAUCUGGUCAUUUGGAAUCCUGCUCGGUGAGAUUAUGACUUACGGAGAGGAACCAUAUUCAGGUAAAGAAAAGGCGUCGUGCAUAAACGCGGUGCUGCGAGGUUACCGCAUGCCUAAGCCCGCCGACUGCCCCCAGUCAGUGUACGACAUCAUGCUGCUGUGCUGGAAGUCAGACCCCCUGGAGAGACCAGCCUUCCUCAACCUGCAGGAGCGGCUGCUCACUCUGGUCCAAGAACCCGAGGUGGAUGGUGCACCAGCAACGUGAAGCAAGGAGAAGGACAUACAUUUUCCCCGGGAAAUUAUUACAGAAAAUUUUUCUCAUUACAUCAAACUUACCACAAGAACAUCUUACAUAUUUUGCCAUGACUUGUGAGUAAUUCACAUCAGUGUACUACGGAGAUUCCAAAUGUGAACAGAAAUUGUAGAUGCUGCUUAUCCCUGGUGUUUCCAGUGUAGAUGUGACUUGACAGGGGGCCAACACCAGUGAACAAGGCAUCAGUGGAUGCCUAUGCAUGAAAUGUCAUGAAUAUUAAAUAUUAAAAUAUAGAAAAUAUUAAUGAUUAAUAAUAUAAUUAAUUAAUAUUGUUAAUAUUACUGAAAGGGCAUUACUUAGAGAUCACUUUAGAGACACUGUAAGCACCACUGAAAAAUUAGGAGAUGUAAUCAAAUCCUAAAAACUGAACAUACCACAUAUAGCCUGGGCUAUGAUUGUACAUAAAGCAGCAUUAAUUGCAUUUCUUCAGUUAUGUAGCUAGCUAGUUUGAACUAAGUAUUGCACUUCAUAAGUCUGUUAUUAACCUCAGUACAGAUCUACUAUUUAGCUAAAAGAGUGUUUCUGAAUGUUUUAUAUUCAUAAAUUCCAUAUGUAUGCACUCAGCAGGAGGGACUCUGGUCAUAAUAAUCAUUUCUGUGUUCUGUGCCUUAUUUAUUUGUUACAAUGUGCAUAGUUAGUCACAAUAGCCAGAUAGCUAGAGUCUUUAGGGGCACAUUUUAUUUGGAGUGAGCUAACUAACUUAUUCUAUGAGAACAUAAUUCUUAAAAAUGCAUUUUUGAAUGUCAAUUAGCUUGAGCUGAUACUAUUCCGGUAAAUGACAUUUGUAGUAAUAUUUCAUGUCUUAUGUCUGAGACUAGAGGGUUCCACUGUGUCCCGGCUAAAUUCCCACUAUGGCCAUUUUUUUAAUAUGGCCAUCUAAUGAUUCCCCAGUUUAACUGGCUAAACAAUUCCCUCUCUCUACCUCUUCUGAUAUGUGGUGAUUUGGUGCAAAAUAUCUGCCAUGCAUCACAUAGGUAGGGGCUACACACAGGUGGAGGUUGGGGUGAGUCAUCCUCAACUUCAUUGUAAAGCACUUUCAGGUCCUUGAAAGAUGCUAUUUUAAUGUAACCUAUGUUAUUAU